AUGAACACCGGCGGCGGUUCCCCCUUCACCUCCGCCACCGCUACUCCUAGCUUCGACAACCUCCUCCUCCAAUCCCUCAUGUCGCGCCUCCAGCUCCGCCCCCCCAGCCUCCAGUCCCCCUCGCCCUUCGCCGCCGGGAAGUCCCUCGAAGAUCUCCUCCUCUCCGAUCUUCUCCUCAACCUCUCCGAUUCCGGCUCAGACACCGAUUCCGACGGAGACCUCUCUUCCUCCAAAACCCAGCUCGCGAGGGAGGAAUCCCGGCUCGAGAAGGAGAUCGUCCGCACGAUCCUCUCCGGCCAGAUCGAGAAGCUGAAACCUAAUUCCGGCCAGGCGGUAACGAUCGGCGAGCACCACAUCUGCGUGGGGUUUCAGGAGGAGCCCGGGUCGGAUUACCGGGUCUGGGAGUGGCACGGGCAUAUCAUGCUGUUUGAUGAGGAGAACGGGUACACGCCGGAGUAUAUAUACGGGAAUUACUUUGAAAGGCUUGGCGCAGGCAAGAGGAAAAUUACGAGCGAGGGUAAGAAAGGCAGUGUUGAUGAUGACGAUGAAAAGGCCGAGGAGGCUGAGAAAGUGACGAAUGGAGGGCUGAAAGAGCUGAUCGAAAGUGGAGAGUCGGGCAGCGGGCUGAUCCUUCACCGGAAUCUGAAUGCAAAAUCCGGCUCCCCGAGGUUUGAAGUAGGGGACACAUCCAAAUCCGAAUAG